AUGAAUUUCCCAACGGACAUAGAACUUCGGAAAAUUUGGCUUACACGUUGUGGAUAUACCGAAAAAGAGUUUUUACCCCAUAAUAGGUUAUGUUCACUAAAUUUUGAUGAAAAUUCAUACAAAAACACAAGAUCAAAAAAGUUACUACAAAAAAAUGCACUUCCAACAAAAUUUAAAAAAAUUUCUAAAUUCAAUUUUGCAGUUGAAUGUGAACAGUCUACUUCAGAGAUAUCUAUGAACGUGUCUCAUCAGAAAGAUGAAUGUGAACAGUCUACUUCAGAGAUGGCUAUGAACGUGUCUGUUGAGAACAUUCUAGAAACUCCAAAACGUUCCAAGAGGCUUUGUUAUAUUGGUGACAUAGCAACUCCUGAUUUGAGUACACCUAAACGUGCAAAACAACAUUUCAAUUUGGCAAAACUUAAAAUAUUGAAACAAAGAAGAAAAAUAAAAACACUACAACAGCGAGUGAAACGGCUUCAAAAAAAAUUAUCAACUUUAUCUUCUUUGUUUCAACAUUUGAAAAAACAAAAUUUGAUCAGUGAAGCAGCCCAUGACACAAUUUUGGUAACAAAUAACAGGUGUAGUGACAUUCAGCAUUCUCUUAAAGACCUAUUACCUCAUAAAUUCAGUAAAUUAUUAGUGAUGGGUCGAACGCUGAUUUUUAAAUCGAACCAAACUUGA